UAAAACAAAGUUUUUAAUGAGUCAGAUCUUGCAGUACCCUCUCUCCGUCGCUAGGUGUCAGCGUUGCGCUGUGUCUCUCUAACACUUGUUGUCCGUGUGGGUCCACGGAUGGAGCUGCUGCUAGGUUAGCCUAGCUCACUUAAACUCUCCUGAGUGUGUCAGUGUGUCGUCCUCGGUUUGUAUCAUGAAGCAGGACACGGACUGAAGAGAAACAAAAAACAAACAAACAGUGGAAAACUAUCACUGUGUUCCGUCCACACGGCUAGCGAUUUAUUUAUUUAUUUUAAAAAAAGGAAAAGAAGUGAUUCACUUGAGGAUAAAACGCUCACAAAAGAUGAAGUAUGUGUAACGUAAACCUGGGACAGAGCUGCGUGCCACACCGACGAAGCUUUCGUGUUCACCGGUUUAUCCAGAAGUUGCAUUCCCAGUGCCAUGGAUAUCGAGGGAUAUAAAAAUGCUCCACACUAUACAGAGGCAGAGAGCCUGUGGCAUGUGAUGCAGAAAUCAGGGGAUCUGGAUCCAAGGGGCAGAGGUGAUGGUGAGAGCUGGAAGCUGGUGGAUGUAUUUCUUUCGGGAGGAGCACCGUGGGGAUUUACACUCAGAGGGGGACUGGAGCAUCGAGAACCUCUGCUCAUAACCAAGGUCGAGGAGGGCAGCAAGGCAGCAGCUGUGAGUCUCCAGGUGGGAGACGAGCUCGUCAACAUCAACGAGAUUCCCCUGAGUGGCUACAGACAGGAGGCGAUCUGCCUCGUGAAAGGCUCCCACAAGACCCUCAGCCUGGUGGUGAAAAGGAGGAAUGAGCCCAUAAGCAGGCCUCACUCCUGGCACUCCACCAAGUUCAACGAAAGCCAAUCAGAGACUGCCAAAACGCAGUCUCCACCCACGCCAGUCUGGCAAACCAGAUAUGAUGCAAGCUCGUCCUCGACUGACCUCUCCUCUGGCUGGGAGCAGACGAACCUGCGCAGAGCGUCCGACCAGUUCAGCUCUCUCGGCAGCAUGGACAGUCUAGAGCAUGUUUCACAUCAGUACCCGGCCGGUCAGCUGUCGCCUGCCAAGUCCAACAACAGCAUGGAGCAUCUCAGUGGAGGGAAAAGAGACUCGGCCUACAGCUCCUUCUCCACCAGCUCUGGCACACCGGACUACACCCUCUCAAAGAGCAACGCUGCCUCGACGGAGAACAUGCUCUACAAAUUCAAUCAGUGGGAUGCCGGAGGAAAACACAACAAUGGCAGGAACAGCCAGAGUCUGAUUGAGGGCGUCAGACAGGACGACAGGGUGGCGUACUUCCAGAUGCCAGGCUGUGAGGCUCCACAGCCUGAGGACUUUGCUGGCUCUCGCCAUUCCACUUCAAGUAGAAGCAGCGCUGGACCUGUUUGGCAUGUCCCAGAAAAAAAGAAGACCACUUCCCCGUCUCCUCCGCCUCCUCCUCCACCUACACGCAGCGACAGCUUUGCUGCAACUAAGGUACACGAAAGAGGGCUGGUUAUAGCUCACCCCGAAGGACCUGAAUCACAUCGGCGUAGCCACAACAUUUCCCCGAAGAACGACGGCGACGCUUUCUACUCUUCGUCCGAUAAAUCAAAUCAGUUCAACUCAAACAAGCAGUACUCGCUGUCCAGCAGUGACGUCCGACAAGGCCAGCCCUACCAUCAGAGACACCAUAGUGACAAAAGCACUUUUUAUUCUCAGCCCUGGGCUACAUCCGUACCAAAGCCACAGAAUGUUGGCGGCUACUAUUGUAGCAUGCAGGAACUGCCUACUAACGGUUCUGCACACCAGAACCAGAGAAGGAAUUUAAGCACCUCCCUGUCGAACACAACCGCCGACCAAAACACCGACAGCAGCGGACAAAGCCGAUACUACUGUGUCACAACGUGUCAGCCACCGGAGGACAGGAAGAGCGUCGCAGGCGUAGACCUGGCCCAGGAGAACUCUCCGAGCCCACAGACUGUCACCAAAGUGAAGUAUCACCUGCCCCAACACUCCUCACACAUUAAAGACAGUAACGGAUACAACAAGCACCAAGUUACUACUGUACUAGAAACCUCUCUGUCUAAGUCCAGCUGUGACGACAAGGGAAGCCAGCGAGGACACAACACGCAAAAUAAAGAGUUUGUGAGUUAUCCUUCAAGCAGACAGUCUGACCAGCGGAGGUCUAUGCCGAUUCAACUUCUACCCCAAGACGUCAGACAUCACAGCCAAGCAAGCAACAAGAUCUGCCCGCAGGCGAACCCGAUGCUUCACUCUCUAUCCAUGGAUGCCGCAGGACAAGAGGCAAGAGGCCUAAACUCUGAGGAGUCGCUCGAAAGCAAGCAGAUGCGACGCAGUGACCGGUUUGCCACGACGUUAAGGAAUGAAAUCCAGAUGAGGAAAGCUAAGCUGCAGAAAAGUAAGAGCGCAGCUGCUCUUCCUGGUACAGAGGGUGAGACCGAAGGCGAUCAGGAAAUCUGGAAGUCGACCAAUGAAAACACCACCCCGACCUCAGCGGACGGCUCCUUCACCAACACCUACAAAGGUAACCUGAGGGAAGCACAAGCAAGGGUGCUCAAGGCGACGUCUUUCAGGAGGAAAGACCUAGAGCCUGUCUUACUUGAGAAUCCCGCGGCCGAGGCCUUACCUAACUACCCAUCCUCAGCGCUGACCCGUAAAGACAUUACCCCUCUGCCAACUGUCUCGGAGUCUGUGAGGAGUAAAUCAGGACCUGUCAGUGGUCAAGUUACUCGGAUCGGUGGUCGAAAGCGUUUUCCAGCAGAGAAGAAGGUCAGGUCUUUCUCUGAACCAGACAAAAUCCACGAGGUUGGCGUGAAUGAAGAAAAUGCAAGCUCCUCUUUAGACCAGCAGAAGCUGUUUAAAGAAAGCGAGGAACCAGCUUACAGCUACACUGAAACCCAGACGGAGACCAAAGCAAGAAGUCUCGCCACGACCACCAAAACCGAGGAUGCAAUAAAAGGCACCCGGAGCAGAGAAGACGCUGCACACAAGCAGUCCAUCCUCGACCAGCAAAGACUGGGCACCUUCGCGGAGUAUGAGGCAAAGUGGAAUAUACAGAAAACAGAAACAAGAGCCACCGGGCGGUACCGGUCAGCUGAUAACAUCCUGGAUCCAGGACCGGAGGAGAGAACCAAGACUACCUGUUUGCACGAGAGAUCCCGAUCAUCUCCUUCAGCUGACAUCUACGGACAGAAGAUUCAAGUUCCUGCAAGAAAGUCUGAGACCAAAUAUUCCCACACGGAGAGCAAACCUGCUGAACCGCUCAACACUGCCACAGGGUUCUCUGACAGAGGCCCCGGUGACUGUAAAGUGAGAGAAAAGCCUGUGGUGGAGUUUGAACGUUACUCAGCGCCAACCCCUCCGCCCAUCACAGGAGCCAACCCUGACAGCAGCAGACACAGAGCUGCUGCUGCCACCGUGAACCACAGACCCACGUCGGCCUCUCGCAGUCUCACAGAGUCUCCCCUUCCUCAGCCCGAGGACCACGGCCUCGCCGAGCCUCCGCCUAACCCGAGGAGGAAGACCUCUGCCCUGGAGAAGCCUCCCCCACCCAGAUGCCCAGAGGUCGACUCCCACGAGACAUUCACCGGUUCCCAGAGCGAAAUCUUCACCCACUGCUCUCCCAACGCUGACCCUAACUCCGCCUUCGUCCCCACCCACUCUGCAAAGGGAGAUUCAGAGCAGGGCAAAGGACUUGUGGACAAAGGACAAGGGGCAGUACAUCAUCUAUCAACAUCCAAUCCUCAGCCGGCCUCCUCUCCCCCGGCUUCCACCCACAGACCUUCAGGGCUCGCCACCAUGGAGGGGCAGCGCUCUCCAUCUCCACAGUUUUCCCCACAGAGACUCAGUGACAAGCCGCCGGUCUCUCUGCAGGAUGAAGCCACAAACAGGAUGGAGCAUGUGAUGGAAAACCAAACUUCUGCUGUGAAGAAAGUGCCCAUCAGGAUCGUCCACUCGGAGGGAGUCACGGAGAAGGAGAACUGUCCGUUUCUGCAGCACAGCGUGAGCACCGUUAGAGAUCACAUCAACGCCAACAGUCAGCAACAGCAGCCGGACGAGCCCGGCGGCAACAGGACGGCACGACUGUCCGAGGAUCAGAAGAGAGAGGAGCUGGCCAGAGACAUCAUGGGGAAGGAUAAAUCGCUCGCUGACAUACUGGACCAGAGCAAGAUGAAGACCACCAUGGACUUGAUGGAGGGCAUCUUCCCUCAGGGCGAGCAGCUGUUGGAAGGAGCUCACCAACGCAGGAAGCUGCCGCCGAAACAGGCGGUCGCCCGGCCCGCUGAGGAAAGGGAAAAGGAGGACAGCAUGGCAGCAGCUGUCACCAUGGUGACCAGCUCCACAUACUACAGCACAUCUGCUCCCAAAGCUGAGCUCCUCAUUAAGAUGAAGGACAUGCAGGAGCAGGAGCAGGAGGAAGAAGACUCCGAGGACGAACUGGACAUCGAUCUGGCCAACAAGAAGCAAGAGCUGAUCGACAGCCUCAGCAAGAAGCUUCAGGUGUUACGUGAGGCCCGGGAGAGUCUUCAGGAGGACGUCCUCGACAACAACGCUCUGGGAGACGAGGUGGAGGCCCGAGUCCAGCAGGUCUGCAAACCCAACGAGCUGGACAAGUUCAGGAUGUUUGUCGGCGACCUGGACAAGGUGGUGAGCCUGCUGCUGUCCCUGUCCGGCCGUCUGGCCAGAGUGGAGAACGCCCUCAACAGUCUGGAGGAGGAUGCCACAGCCGAGGAGAGGCGUACGUUGAUCGAGAAGAGGAAGCUGCUGAUCCGACAGCACGAGGACGCGAAGGAGCUGAAGGAGAACCUGGACCGCCGGGAACGCUUGGUUUACGAGAUCCUGGGCAACUACCUGCCGGAGGAGAGCCUCACGGACUACGAGCACUUUGUCAAGAUGAAGUCUGCGCUCAUCAUCGAGCAGCGCAAGCUCGAGGAUAAAAUCAAACUGGGCGAGGAGCAGCUCAAAUGUCUGAUGGACAGUCUGCCCAUAGAGCAGAGGCUGGUCUUUUGAAGACACUGAUGAUUUAAGACUUGCCGUUGCUCCGAGUCGCAGUUGAGCCUCGUGUCCAGUAGAGGGAGACAAAGAUGAGGAAUGUGUGUCAACUUGACUGACAUUACUCCACCUGGACCGACAGCAUCCAUCAGUAACUCCCUUUGUGAAAGAUGCUGCUUUUUUUUUCCUGACAUCAACCAACCACUGUAUCUCAUUUUUGUUUUUAUGUUUGUUGUUUUUGUUUUUUUUAGUAAUUUAUUGUAGCCUUUUGAAUCUGCGCAGGAGGGGACAGUAUUUUAUCUUCAACUGAUUUGAGCAGCCACACUACACGAUGUGAGCGAACUAGGAGUAUUUAUCAUGUUUUAUGUUUAACUUCUCAAACCCCUUUUUCACGUAAUCCAUCAAAUCUAUCUGGCCGAAUAUUUCAAGAAACACAAAAAGUUUUUUUGUUAACAUUUAUAUAUUUUUUACUAGUGGCCUUUUUUUUUUUUUUUUUUUUACUAAGAUUUUUCUGCCCUUGCUUUCCUCACUGAAGAAAACUAAAGAUGGUGGCAUGUUUAGAGAAUGUACCUGUGCAGAUACUGGUCAUUUUCAAAGAGCACUUGUUCAGCUUCACUAAACAGAAGAGCAGCACUUCACAUCCAGACUUUAAGGGCACAUUCAGACAGGAUCCAGCUGGAUUUUUUUCAUUCAUUUGAGUGGGCAUGGUGUGUUUUGAUUGUGGCGUUGCGGGCCAUGGGGAUGGAAAGGGUUGAGUUGAAUCCACGUCACUCUGUAGCCGCCAAUCAGACCGGUCAGACCGUCCACAAUCGUCCUGAAAUGUCUCUUAAACUGAGACUAUGCAGGUGGAUUCGUGGACUAACCUGUUGUGUUCUUGCUUUGGUUAUUUCAUGUACCCUUCUAAUUUUCAAUUUUCGCUACAAAAUAGAGACACAAAGAAGGUUAAUUUGGUUUGUGUCGAGUGACGUAGACAGUGAAUGAGAGUGAGCGAGCUCCGACCUGGAUAAAGUUAUUUUUACAGCCGUUACGUUCAGCACAAACCUGCGUCGGAUCCUGUCUGAAUUCAACUUAACUCCAGUCAAAUCCACAUUUGAAGUGCCUGGGUUGGGGGAGUCACCCACAUCGUCGACACAUGACGAACACUGUCCGAUCUUUUCAUCCACUUCUGCAUGUCGUGUCCGUCAGCGCUGCUCUGAUUUGGUCACAACCAGAAGAAGAAGAAAUCAUGUUUAGGUUAUUAUGAUGUUGCCACGUAUAAGUUGACCAAGUGUUUCUGUUUUUUGUCUUAUUACUUCACUGUGUUUUGUUAUUCACGGUGCAGAUGUUGAAUGCAUAGUUACCACAGUUGUUACUUGACUUCUAGUUGAAUUUCAUCACUAAAAAAAAAUGUUCAGGUUUUUCAUUUUUGCAACCAAAUAUGGAACUAAAAUCAUCUAUCAAAUAUCUAAAUUUCAGACGGUAACGAUCGAUGUUCAGUGUUCCAACGUUGGAACAUGUUUUGUCGUGCACGUUUUCAGAAUAUUAGUUUGACACUUCGCUUCAUGCACUGCUGCAGCCUGACUCGUAACACUUUAUCAGCCGUGCUCCUUUAUAUCAAAUAAAGAGUCUGCUGGAAUCACGCA